GUUGAGGCGCAUCGUCCCCGUGUACCUACUCUGCAUGGUUAUCGUCGGCCUGCUGCCGCACCUCAGAACCAGACAGACAUACCUCGCGAGGACUUUCAUAAGUUUAUGAGAGGACGGCCUCGACGAUUUCCUGACGAACUAGCUCACUUCCUUUUCACAUGGGCCAUUAUUAUAUUCAUGGCUU